CGGAUCGUUAUAAGCGCUGCGGGUGUAUUAGGCUCCUCCCCCUUCUCUCUUUCUCUUUUACUCUCAACUCUACCUUUUUUUCCCCGCUUCUCCAACUGCUGUCAUCAUGCCUGGUUACCAAACCUUCCCAGUCAUUAAUCAGCACUUUAUUGUUGAUAGAAAAUACCAGUUCAUGCGCGAAAUGGGUCAAGGUGCCUAUGGCGUAGUAUGUGCUGCCAAGGACACCGAAUCAGGCGAACAAGUUGCCAUCAAAAAGGUGUGCCGGAUAUUCGAAAAGAACAUUCUUGCCAAGAGAGCCUUGCGUGAGGUUAAGCUUUUGAAGCACUUUAACGGACACGAAAACAUCACUUCUGUGAUCGAUAUGGAUAUUGUCAACUUGCAAGAUUUCAACGAACUGUACUUGGUUCAGGAACUUAUGGAGGCUGAUCUUCAUCAGAUCAUCCGUUCCGCCCAGCCCUUGACCGACGCCCAUUUCCAGUACUUUGUUUACCAGAUCUGUCGAGGUCUCAAGUACAUCCACAGUGCCAAUGUGUUGCAUCGAGACUUGAAGCCAGGCAACCUUCUGGUGAACGCCGAUUGCGAAUUGAAGAUCUGUGAUUUUGGUUUGGCGCGUGGCUACUCGGAAAGCCCUGAGAGCAAUGCAGCUGGGUUUAUGACGGAAUAUGUGGCUACGCGAUGGUACAGAGCACCGGAAAUUAUGCUCAGCUUUCAAAACUACACCAAAGCCAUUGACAUGUGGUCGGUUGGCUGUAUCUUUGCCGAAAUGCUUGGCGGAAAGCCGCUUUUCAAGGGUCGUGAUUAUGUCGACCAGUUGAAUCAGAUCCUGGGUAUUCUGGGUACACCCGACGAAGAGACAUUACGACGUGUGGGCAGUGAAAGGGCACAAGUCUACAUUCGUAGCCUGCCACGAAUGCCAAAAAUCCCGUUCCAGAACCUCUAUCCCCGAGCAAACCCGUUAGCCAUCGAUCUGUUAAACAAGUUGCUCGAGUUUGAUCCUGCGAAGAGAAUCACUGUGGAGGAGGCAUUGGCCCACCCGUACCUGGGCGCAUAUCACGAUGAGGAUGAUGAGCCAUCACAUACCGAGACUUUUGACUUUUCGUUUGAAGUGGUCGAUGCGAUUGAAGACAUGCGCAAAAUGAUUGCACAAGAAGUCAUGUCGUUCAAAGCCAACAAGCAGGGAUUGUUGCAGCCACAACCUAACCCAGGUGCCAACCUGCGGCGAAAGGAGAGCUUAUCUGCUCAGGAUCGUGAGACGCUGGAACGAAGUAAGCAAGCUGCUGCACAAGCAAAGGCUGCAGCACAGGCUUCAAGCACGAGCACGAGCCAGGCACAGGAAUCAUCAAAUGCAGGCCCAGGUGGCUCGGUUGCUGCAUCGGCCGUGGCAAACCAUGCCAUGCAUCAUAUGGAAGUGGACGAGUUGGAAAGAGAAUUGAGUGGACGUGCUUAAGCCCGUCUAUUAUUUUUCUCUAGUGUCCUCUCUACAACCACCCUCGUCCCUUCGCCCUUCCCUUAUUCUUCAACCUGUAUGCGAGUAGAAGUACGCAACCUUUUUCUUAUCCACCUUUCUUUCUUUCACUUUCUCCUCUUCUUCAAAUCAUCAAUCAAACUAAAAAAAAACAUUAUAGCAGGUUUUUAUA